AUGCUGUCUUCAUCAUGUGGAUUCACUAGAGAAAUGAGCACCUUUGAUCAGCCAAGUAAAAUCAAAAACUUGUUUGUUUGCUGCCUGUGCCCCCCACGGGUGCUGAGGCUCUGGACUUGCAGGCGCCCAAGGACAAGGAGGAAUCUACUAGUGGGCACCGCGUGUGUGAUCUACCUGGGAUUCCUCGUCAGUCAAGUGGGUCACGUUUUACCGCAGCACAAAGGAAGACACCAAAAGAUCAGUUCCAGAAGUCUCCAAGAUGCAGCCCAAACUCCUUUUCUGGGCAUCCCACUGGAUGGCACCCUGUCACCACCCAAUUUCCAGGAACCUCAGCUGGGUAGCAAUGGGACCUUACUGCCACUCAAUGUAAUUUAUAUCACUCUGCGGUCCAAGCGCAGCAAGCCUGCCAAUAUCAGAGGCACGGUGAAGCCAAAGCGCAGGAAGAAACAUGCAACUCCUUUGUCCUACAGGCAACACUUUCCAAAAGUUGCUUUUAUGGGCCAGAAAGAGACCUUUGCCCAACAGCCAGGGAGGGCCACGGGUGCAAUAGGAGCAGCAAUAGCUCCAGAGGUGAGAAAGCACCAACUGGAUGAACAUGGGCAUAAAGGAAUGGCAACCAGGGAAAGGGGUCACUGGAGACCUGGGGGGAUUUCUGGAGCUAUAAAGGCACAGCCCCAGCCUGAGGAAAGCAAUAUCAGGAUUUACAGUGAGAGCUCUCCUCCUUGGCUGAGCAAAGAUGACAUCCUAAACAUGCGCAUGCUGGCAGAUUCUCGGAUAGAGAGCAUCCAAGAAGUACCUUCUCGCAAAGCAGUCCUGGUAGUAUUUGCAAGAGGUCCCAGCACCACAGGAACUGCUUGUAACCUGGGGCACUGUGGCAUCGUCAAAAGACCCCUCGACAUGAGCGAGGUAUUUGCCUUUCAUUUGGAUAGGAUAUUGGGACUGAACAGGAGCUUACCUUCUGUAAGCAGGAGAUCGGAGUUUUUCCAAGCGAAUGAAAGCGUGGAACAUGGUGCUGAUAAAAGAAGUACUGAUCCUAGCAAAGGAGAGAUUGAUGUUCCUAAUGAAACACUGGGCAACUGGGAGGGAAGUUAA